AUGAGCGACGACAUGACGCCGAGGGCCUCGCCGCCCAAGGACAUCGUUGCGCCGUUUCCCAGAAAAGAUGUCGCAAGCGAUGCGAUAAACUCCGACAGCGAUAAGGACAAGGACCUCGAGGAAGCCAGGUCACCAAUCUUCAACUCGAGCGAUACGCUUGUUGACGGUGAGGCCAAAACAGACCCCUACCUCGUCACUUGGCGCGGCACCGACGACCCCGAGAACCCCAAGAACUGGCCCAAAAGCUUCAAGUGGAAAAACACGUGGGCCGUGUCCCUCUUCGUCUUUAUCUCACCCGUCUCGUCGGCCAUGAUUGCUCCCGCGUUACAGGACCUCGGCAAGGGCCUAGGGAUGCACAGCGAUAUUGAGGUAUACCUGUCGCUGGGUAUCUUUAUCCUCGCCUACGCCGUAGGACCUAUUUUCUUUGGCCCUGCAUCUGAGCUGUACGGACGCGUGCGACUGCUCCAGGUCAGUAACUUGUGGUAUUUGGCGUGGAACCUGGGGUGCGGGUUCGCGACGACCAAGUCCCAAUUCUUCGCGUUCCGUUUCCUCGCGGGUAUUGGUGGCAGCGCUCCGCUGGCAAUUGGAGGAGGCGCCAUUAGUGACAUGUGGAGCGCCGAAGAGCGGGGCAAGGCCAUGGGCAUCUACACCCUGGGCCCGAUCCUCGGACCAGUGGUAGGGCCCAUUGCCGGCGGCUUCAUCGCCCAGUACUCAACGUGGCGUUGGGUCUUUUGGUCGACGUCGGCGGCCGCCCUCGGUAUCCAGAUCGUCGGGUUCUUCUGGCUGCGCGAGAGCCACCCAGCCACGCUGCUUCGUAUGCGGCGAGACCGACUGGUCAAGGAGACUAGCAACGAGAAGCUUUACGUCGACGUAAAGGUCGAGACUCUCAUCUAUAAGCUCGCACACACCUUUGAGAGGCCGCUUAAGCUGUUCUUCACCCAGCCCAUCGUUUUCUGCAUGGCCGUUUACAUGGCUUACCUGUUUGGCACCACCUACCUCAUGUUUGCGACUUUCCCCGAGAUCUGGACCGUGGUAUAUCACGAGGAGCCCGGGAUCGGCGGCCUCAACUACCUCUCCAUCGCUAUUGGUUCAUUUAUAGGCCUUUUCUUCAACCUCAAGGUCAUCGACCGCAUCUACAAGACCCUCAAGGCUCGCAACUCCAACAUCGGUAAGCCCGAGUUCCGCAUGCCCUCCCUGGCCGUUGGCUCCAUCAUUAGCACCAUCGGGCUCUUCUGGUACGGCUGGAGUAUCGGGCGCGUACACUGGAUCAUGCCGAAUAUUGGCGCCGCGAUUUUCACCGCGGGCACCAUCUCCUGCCUACAAGGCAUGCAAACGUACAUUAUCGACAGCUACCAGACCCACGCCGCCAGCGCCAUGGCUGCCUGUGCCAUCCUGCGCAGCUUGGCUGGCUUUGGGUUCCCGCUGUUUGCUCCGUACAUGUACAAAGCCCUCGGCUACGGAUGGGGCACCAGUGUCCUGGCAUUCUUCAGCAUCGGCUUUGGCUGGAUGGCGCCCGUUGUUUUCUGGUACUAUGGCCCUAACCUGCGCGCCAUGUCCAGGUACGCGGCUGAUUGA